AUUCGGUAUAUAGAAUGGAAGCCGCCAUGCGAGCGAAAGAUUCUGCUUAUUUAAAGUUUAUUUUGUAGUUAAAAUGACGAAAUGUGCCUUGAGUUAGAUUGCGAAUGAGGUUGUUACAAAAAUAAAACACCAACAAGGAUGGAAUCUAUGUUUGCCAACGAUGUUCCACCUGACUUUGAUGAGAUGCGUCACAGGGAGGAUAGAAAGGAACGGAUCAAGCCUUUCUGGGACCACCUUGUGCAUGAUAGGGAGCCAAAAGUGAAUAAGGAUGCUCAUCUCCAACUGGCGCACGAUCUCAAGGAGGAGGGGAAUGCCCUGUUCAAGGAAGGGCUAUACGACAUCGCAUGGAUGCAUUACCGUAAUGCCAUCUUUGUUGUGCGAAUCCUGGAGAACAGGUUCUAUCACAAGGUCGAGGUGGAGUUCACAUCCUCUCUCUUCUCAAACAGGGCUUUCUGCUGCUUGAAAAAGAUCAUGUUCAAAGAGGCUAUCCAGGACUGUGCAUCAGCUAUUGCUGUCUAUCCUAAGAACAUAAAGGCAUAUUACCGGCAGGCACAGGCCUAUAAAAGCAUGAAAAACUACACGGAGGCUUAUGAAGCGGCAAGAAAAGGCCACGAAAUUCAACCAAGCUCUGCGUUAAAAGAACUCAUAGAUGAUCUGGAGCCCCUGGUAAAGCCAGGGUUUGUACGCAAGGUAGCAGAGGCGUCCCUGAAGUCAGCACAGCCGUACCCUUUUAGUAGCGGGCCUGAUCCUGCAGACGAGUGGCUGGCGGGCACAAACGUGGUUGUCACGCAGAAACAUUUGGAGUCUAAAAAGAUGAAUAAAAAAAGCAAGAAGAAGAGCAAAGGUGGUCUGAACCCAGUGAAGUUGGUGCCAGAGAUGGAUCUCAAUGUGGAGAGUGAAGGGUCCAGUGGCAGUCCUGGACCAGAGGAUGACGCUCAGUUUGCCACCCUCUAUAACGAUGUACGUAAGGAAGAAUCAUUCAAAGGCCAGUCUGGUUUGGGCAGCUGGUCUAUCAACCCACCACCUGAAGAUGAGGAGACGAGCCCCUGGAGCUUCCCACAUGACGAUGAUGACGUGGAGACAAGCAUAAAGGCUGCCACUCCGGCGAUGGGUCUGGAUAACUUCUCCCCGUCGGUUGGAACUCCUGCAGUAGCUCGCCAGGAGGAUGGCAGAACCAGCGGUAAGUCGUCUCGGCGCACCUCCCGUUCAUCACAGAGCCCUGUUAAAAGUGCAGCCACCUUGACCUCGACCUCAAACACAACGAGCUCCACUCCCUCUCCAGCCUCCACCCAGGGCCAGCAGAUAGUGUUCCCCAUAGCCGACACCUAUGAUUUCAAAAUGGCGUGUAACCGAUGCUUCGUUAAGAACGGCGAGGGUGUUAAGGCCUUUCAAUACAUAAGCACCAAUCAUCAGUGUGCCAGGGAUGUGCUGAUAGUGAAGAAGAGGGAUGUAUCUGGCUUAAAUUGGGUGAAAAUCAGGAGCAGGCCAGAUUUAAAGGGUCAUUACGGAACGUACAAAGUGUGCACUCAGUUUAAUCAGAACAAGCCUUGCAAGGUGUCCGAAGAGAAGUGUACUUUUCCUCACACACAGGUUGAGCUGAGGCUGUGGUCCCUGGAUAGAGAUGGGAACUUUUCUAUCAACACUUUUAUUACAGAUUGCAAGACACACAAGAUUUAUGAUAACAGUGGCCUGUCAGUGUCAGUGGCUCGCCCGAAGACACAGUACAUUCCUGGGCUGAACUACCCUGAGGACACACCCAGCAAGCCAACUCUUGAGAACUUCCCCAGUUUCCACACUCAGCAACCAGGACCCACCCUUGGUCUAGGCCCGACCCCUGGCCUUGGCUCGACCCCUGGCCUUAGCUCGACCCUUGGCCUUGGCUCGAACCCUGGCCUUGGCACUACCCCUGGCCUUGGCUCAACCCCUGGCCUUGGCGCUAUCCCUGGUUUUGCCUCAAGUGUUGGCACCACCCCUGGUCACAGCUUCAACGGUGGCUCCAACCCAGGUCCCACUCCUGGACCCAACGUUGGCCACACUACUGGACCUUCUGUUGGCAAAGCCCCAAAUGUCCGUCCAACUCAGGGGGCUAAGACAGCCAUUGGAACCCCACAAACAGCUGCCCUAACAAGGUUCCCACCCCCUCAAAUGGGUCAGCCUGUGUUUACCAACCAGCCACAACGUCCACAGUUACCGUAUCAGCCUCAGCUGUUCUCGCCAGGCCAAUUUUCUCAACCACCACCAACAUUCUUCAAUCAGCCGCAGUUUCAGCAACAACAGCCGCCACCUCCAAACAACUGGACCAGGGACAUUCCACGCGCAAUGGAGGAAGACGAGCCUGAGCAGCCCCAGCAGCCUGAGCCUGAAUCAGGCAAGAAACAACUGGAGAAUCCGCUCUCUGAUACUCACAGGGCCGUUACUGCGUGCCAGUUCUGUUUUAAGCCGUCUAAAUAUCCAGGGGUGUACGAAUAUCAGGAAGACCUAGUGCAUAAAUGUGAGGAAACGAUGCUUGCGAUGAAGUCUAAAGAUGGUAAAAGUCCGUGGUUGAGAAUUCGAGAGAGAAAGAACCAUAGGGAGUUUCCGGGACAAUAUAUUCUGUGUAAUAGCGUGAAAUAUAAUAAUCCCAAGUUUUGUAAGUAUAGUGAGGAGGUUUGCAGUUUUGCCCACAAUGAAGUGGAAAAGAGAUUAUGGACACUAGAGAAAGAUGGGAAGUUUGAUGUGGUAGAAUAUCUUGUACAGAUCAAGAAGUACAAAGAAGGGAAAGGCUACACUCUUCGGGAAUGUCAAAUCAAACAUGGGGGAUACUUUGACUUUAUAUGCAGAAACUGUUACUACAGCACUCCUCCCCAGAUUUCUAGUUGUGCCCCAGAUGGCAAAAAAUGUAACGGAAAGGAGCCCCACCCGUGGAAGGAUUUCAAGAUCCUAGCUCACAUGGGACAGGGUCAAAAGAUAACCCCUGUGAACCCUCGAAGGUUCAUUCACAAGUCCGCAUUUUUCAAAAUCUGCAAAUGGCUACACUUUUGUCGCCGGAUAGUAAAUGCCACAUGCAAAUUUGCUCACAGUGUUGUGGAACGGGAUAUCUGGAUGGUGGAAAGGGACUGUAAUAUCAGUCGAGAAGAUAUCGUGACACAGUCUAAGCAGGCUUUUUCAGCAGCCAAGUCGGCACCGUUGAAAUCUGCAGUGCCCAUACAGACUUCCUGGGUACAAGCCACUUCAACAGAGAGCAAGUCAAACCAGUCACCAACGCAUACGGGCCUUUGCCAGGUCAUUGUUAUUGAAGUCUGCCAAAGUUGUUGGAAAAAUGGACAGAAGACACAACAGGAGGCGGGCAAGGAUCGCUGCCUCAAGGGCCAUGGGAACUGGAGCUGCAACAUUAUCUACCUGCUGAGCCCGUCAAUGAAAGAGUUACGGCCCCUGCCCAACAAGAUCCCACAGGGCCUGAACUUCCUGGUGUGCAAGUCUAUCAGUGAGGGUCGAAAGUGCCAGUACCAGGGCAGCCAGCCAUGCCAGUUUGCCCAUAGCAACGAUGAGCUGGAGGCUUGGAAGUUCAUGUGCAUGAACAACUUGCGUACUGUACAAGAACUCUCCAAGGUCAGCAAAGAGGCACAGAAGAUUCGUGCGGAGUCUGCCAAGACAAAGAUCAGUGGUCAGUCUGUAGUGAGUGUGGGUCCCAACACGGCCCCUGUUAGGCCCGCCAUGCCCAUGCCCAGCAAGCACACAUACUACUGCAACUACUGUGCCGUGUCGUGUAACAGCCAGAAACAGUGGGAUGAGCAUUGCGUGUCUGAUAAGCACACAUUUAACGUGAACUCCGACAGAGAGCAGCACUGGAACUUCAGGCAGCCACCAUGGACCCUUGGAAAGUACUUUGAACUCUGUCCACAACACUUGAAUGGAGGGAAGUGCAACUACUCACACGUGCUGGACAUGUAUAACCUGUGCCAGUAUGCCCACAGUCAGGAUGAGUUGGAUGAAUGGAAGGAGCGUUACCAAUGGCGACAAAUGAAGCGAGAAAUGGCUCGCCAGGACCGGGUCUUCUCGUAUAUGGAUGAACUUCUUGAGAAAUUUGAAAGCUCCACUGAUCCUGUUAAAGUGAUCUGUGAGGAGCUUGACGGGGUCUCUCUACAGCUUAUGGGUGAUCUGAACAUCUAUAAGGAGGACAAGCAUGCCAGCUACAUCUGGACAUUUAACAUUACAGCACAGAAAUCUUUAGAGAAGGUGGCCCUGCUCUACAAUAGAGACCGCCUGCAUUUCUCUCUGGAUGUGGGUGGGGACCGGCUAUGUCAGAUUGCCGAGGGCGAGACAUUUCAAAUAGAUGGGAACCAGAAGGGUCAGCUGACCUACAGAGUUGGGCUCAGAUUCAUCGGCGGAAUGUUUGGAUCCUUCCAACAGUGGAUCCUCUUUGACUUUGGCGAAGAGCCGGUGCUGUGUCGUAAAAUCUCUGUCGAAAUCGGCGACCAAUCAUCACACGAGAAGGUGAAAACCUUGCGCCAGCAGCUUCACUUUGAUCAUUGGACGUCACUGAAUCGGGAGAUUAUCAAGCAAGAACAGCUGCAGGAAAAUGAGGAGAAGUUGAUACUAAAGUACAAGGAGCCAGCGUCAUCCUCAACUGCCAUUACAGGGACCACGGUAUCCAAGGAGCUCAAUCAGCAUAACUACAGGGGAAAGAUGCACAAGCUGCUGGAGCUGGAGGAAAUCACGAGAUGUCAAAUCAUCUCCAGCUACAACCUCUGUGUGCAGAUUGAGUGUAUGAAGGCAAUACAGGACAAUACAUAUGUGUUUGCUUCUAAUGGUGAACUGUUUGCCAAGGUCCCAUUGCUGGAAAAUCUGACAGAAGACACCGAUGCAGGGCGACUCAUUCUAACCAGUGUACGCAAGGUUCUGCUUGCCCCGCAGAACAAUUCAACCAAAGUUGUGUACGAGUCGGUCAUCUUAAGAGAGGAGAAUUUCAACUUUGACGGUCGCGGGCGUGACUUCAUUUAUCUGUGUCUGUCUGCUGAAUGCGUGAGGCGGCUCCAGUUGAAACCUGGCAGUAAGCUAGACGUAGAGAUUCAGUUCCAGAUGGACCGGCUUUUCUUCUGUCGUAUGCACUCUGCUGUUGAUCAGCUCAUGAGUGAAGGCAUUGUGUUUCCAGAUGUGCCCAAGAUUAACCCGCUGAGAAAUGAGAAACACAAUCUGAAAGUCAGUUCGUCAGUUUUGAACGCGGACCAGAUGGCUGCUGUUCGUCACAUUGUAGCGGAGAGGACUGGUUACACUCCACCUUUUGUAUUGUUUGGUCCGUUUGGAACUGGAAAAACUGAGACAAUCGCCCAGGCAACCAUGGUGCUUCUGAAGGAAACCCAAAACACCAGGAUCCUUAUAUGUGCACAGUCAAACAGUGCUGCAGAUCUGUACAUUCUGAAGCACCUGGACAGCUACCUGAAGAAGAUGGGCAACGUGUCUCAGCUGUGCCGCGUGUAUCAUCGUGAGCGACGCGUGUUCACAGUGGCCAGCGAGGUGAAGAAGUACUGCAGACUUUCCCCUGACGGAGACUCCUUCAAGAUGCUCACUGCCGAGGACAUCGAGAAGUGUAGGGUGGUCAUAGUGACUGUGACCACUUCCCUGGAGCUCGCAAGCCUGGGCCUGCAGGGCAAGUUCACCCACAUCUUCAUAGAUGAGGCUGCCCAGACUCUGGAGUGUGAGAGCCUCAUGCCACUGACCCUGGCCACAGAGAAGACUUGCAUCGUGCUGGCAGGAGACCAUCAGCAGAUUAGUCCCAGGGUCUACAGUACAGAGGCAAAGAACCAGAAGUUCCACCAGUCCCUACUAGAGCGCCUGUACAACUACUACGACUCGCACUCAAGCCAGAUCAACACUGAGAGCCCCCUGAACAUCCUUCUCAGCAUCAACUACCGCUCCAAGAUGGAGAUCCUCCGCUUCAUCUCUGCCGUCUUCUAUGGCGGUCCAGAAGUCUUGCAAUCUGAGGCCAACAUUCCCUCGGUGGUGGAUAUAACGCCCCUGGUGUUUCAUGCCGUUCAGGGCCAGGAGGUGCAGAACGAGUACAGCGUGUCAUACCACAACAUGUCCGAGGUACAGGAGAUUGUGGAGCGGGUGGCUGACCUGUAUCAGGUGUGGCCUGAAGAGUGGGGGCCCAAGAAUGCCAGCGAGAUUGGUAUUGUUACACCAUACGCUGAUCAGGUCCAGCUGAUCCGUAAAAAGCUACGAGAGAAAAAUGUAGCCUUGAAGCAGGUGGUUGUUGAGAGAGUCCAAGGUGUACAGGGGAAGGAAUUUCGAGCAAUGUUCAUCAGCACAGUGAGGACCCAGUUCCUGCUAGAGAAUUCCCACAGUGAUGCGCUGACAGACACAGAAACCGAGGACUUUGGGUUCCUUUCAGACCCAAAACUUCUGAACACGGCUCUGACAAGGUCCCAGUCAAUGGUGGUGGUGGUGGGGGACCCGGUUGCAUUGUGUGCCAUCGGUGAGUGCAGCCGCGUGUGGCAGAUAUACCUGAAAUACUGUCAGAACAUGCGCAGUCUGCAUCCACAGAACUUCACCCUUGAUACCAUUAAACAGCAGGUACAGAGUCUGCAGUACCAACCAGCCAGGCAGUCAAAGGUUGAGCCUCACGCCAAUCCGUUGGCAGAGAAAUUGAAACAGUCGAAAGCUCAACUGGCUGGUCCGUGGGGUAAAAAGGCUGGCAGUGAACAGGCCUCAUCUGUUGAUUACUCGCAGUGGACCACGGACACUGACAUGUCUGCCAAUGAUUCAGUUGAGGAUCCAAAUGCAAGUUUUCCCCAGUUUCACGAGCCUUUGAGUGAUUUUAACAGAAAUGGUCUAAGUUCCUUGUCGGUUGUAGGUCAGCCUGCUUUCAAUGCAGCAUCGUCUGGUAUGGGACUGCAGGCCUCGGUCCUUGGAGCAGCCAAACACACCAAUGAGGGACCUCAGAUAAAUGUGAGCCUAGCUAGAGCACCCCUGGCUCCUAUUGGCAGACUGAGAACGGGCCUUGCUAGAAUGCCAGCACCUUCUAGCACAACUUCUGUAGAGCCAUGCUUUGAUAUUGGGGAUGUUUAUGAUUUGGAGCCUGACAAAGUUAUAUCUCAGAUAUUUGCAGAACAAGGGCAGGUUUCAAGUAGUCCUGUUGCAAUUCUAGAGGAAAACGGCUUUGCAGUGAUUAAAAGCAAGUCAAAUGGCCUAGUGGCUCCAGAUAUCAUGCCUUUGUAUUCUGAAAGUCAGUUGUUGAAAAUGUUGCAGGAUAGCAUGAGAUAUAAACGAUGCAAGUUUAGCACAAAGAAUGGCAUGUUUUAUGGUGUGAGUGAUUUGAAUGGGGAUAUGAUUGAAAUUCCAAGUCAGCUUUAUUGCGGCCAUGCUAGAAAUGGUGACAUAAUUGUUGUGGAAAUGUUCACAGAUAUAAAUAAAGCUUAUGGUAAAGUGAUAGCAGUGUUACAACAUGCUGUAAAUCUUGAGAACAAUGUGAUUUUAUGUCGAGUAGGAGACACUAAUGGAGUUAUGGUUCCAGUUGAUGAAAGUUUACCACCUUUGUUUAAUGUAACAACACCACAGUAUUUACCACAAAAUGCGGAAGGAAAGAUAAAUAUUUACAAGGUGACAACAUCCAAACAGGUUAGAUUCAGUCAUUUUGAGACCAUUUCCCCGUUAGAUGUUAAGGAAAAGCUGUUUGCUGUAAAGUUUUUGAAGUAUGAUAGAAAACUACAGUAUCCAUUAGGGAUUGUUGUUGGUUUGAUAUCUGCACAGGCAGAUGUUGUGUCCAGUACAAGAAUCUUAGAUCUGGAGUUCUGUAUAAAGAAGGCAUAUAAUCAAGCUGUUACCAGGGAGAUAGAUUCAGAGUUUGUUGAUUCAAGUGUUCUGCCAGCUCCGCUGUUUAGAAACAGGCACCUUGAUCUUCGAGAAUUUUGGUGUUUUACAAUUGACAAGGAAGGAACUGGCCAUAGCUGUAGGGCGUUUAGUAUCGACGAACAUGGUGAUGGAUUGUACAAAGUGGGAAUUCACAUUAGCGACGUAGCGAGUGUUGUGAGGCAGAACAGUCUUACAGACGUUGAAUGUCGGAGUCGAGGCAUGUCGGCAUAUCCAAUACAGAGCCAGGCCGUUCAUAUGCUGCCGGGGAAGUUGACAUCAGGACUGUGUAGUAUGAAACAGAAUGAGGACAGGCUUGCAUUAUCGGUGAUAUUUCUGGUGAUGACCACAGGGGAAAUCUCCCAGAUAAAUGUGCAGAAAAGCAUUGUGAACUGCAAAAAGAAUUUCACCUACACCGAAGCUGAGGCCAUUGUGCACGACCCCCUUGCUGUAGAAGAUUAUCUGAAAAGUUGCGUGUUUGUUCUGUUUGAAAUUGCUAAUUUGUGGCGACAGAAGAGACUUGGUAAUGCUGCCUUGUCUACGGAGAAUAUAGUUAAUAAAGCGACCUUGCUUUCCCAUCAACUUGUAGAGGAGAUGGUUAUUAUGGCUGAGGUUCAUGUUGCAUCCGUUUUAACCUCAAAAAUUCCGCAGGCAGUCCCGAUUUUAGUGCAGCCACCCCCUGUCAGUCAGCAUCUGGAAGAGUGGAAGGGUGAACAUGCUGCAGACGCAAUCAACUCUAUAGCUCUCACUAAACCCUUCCUUAACUUGGCCCAGUUGGAAGUUUGUAACUGCAGUUUAGCCUGUAUACAUUCUGUGAAUUACGUGCGACAGUUUAAUAUCUCCAAGCGUGAUCAGGUGCACGUGAUUUCCAUUCUCUGGGAUAGCCUCAAUGAUGCUGUUGCCAUGGGUGACAAUGGAGCGAUGAUGAACAUAAUUGCUACAGCUGAAAACCACCCACAGAUUGCUGUAGCAUUAACAAAGCUGAGAAAUAUACAGGAAGACCCAAAAUAUGUAAUUUGUUCAGAUGUACCUGGGGAACAACAGUUGCACUAUGAAUUGAAUCGCAAGCAGUAUGUCACUUUCACUAACCCACUUUCAUGUUAUAUGGACAUUGUUGUACAGAGAAUUCUUCUGGCCACUCUUGAUAAUCAGCCAUGUCCAUACAAAAAGCAAGAACUAAAGGCCAUCUGUGACCACGUGAAUGUUUCCAUGGGCCGAUGUAGGAGUUACGAGAAGGAAUACUUUGCAGUUCAGCUGGGAGCAGCAUUGUUAUCAAAGCCUCUAAUUGUGCAGCCCUUCGUUAUAGGACUGAACCCUCAUCAUGUUGAAGUCUGCUUUCCAAUGCUGCCAUGUUUUACAGAUGUACAAAAAAUCGACUUGGCACUGUUGGGAAUAUGUGCAACCCCUGAAGUAACUCCGGAUGGACAGUUGAUAUUGAAGUGGCAAGAACGGGUCUAUGAUUGUGAUGUUUUACGUAAUCAGGCCCCAGUGGGAAGCAACAUUGGAGAAUUGAACCCAGACAGGUUUAUUUACAUGAUACCUGCCUAUCACUGGCAGAGGUUGCUUAUUGCCAUUCGAGAGCUAGACCCUAGCAUGAGGUUAGAGAAACUACGGUCUGCAGUCAGCCUGGUUGGCAAACAGGUCUCAAAUCCAGCCCAUGCGGAGAAUAACCAGUAUAUUGACGAUGUUACUUGCGAGGGGAGUAAAUUAGGUAACCCUCUGCAUUUCGCAGAAUUUUCUCUACGCCUUCAUGCCAGUCAGGUAUUGCUGAUGCAGUUGUCAGCUAGGCUGAAUAACUCAAUAUUGACGCCAUAUAUUCAACUUGUGAGCCUAACGAACACUCUCGAUAUUUGUCUUCAGCAUCGAGAAAAUCCUCUUGAAUGUUUCAUCACCUUGGACAGCAGCAUUUCAGCUCCCUUAAAGCCUUGUCCUGACAUUAAUACUUAUCAGAAAUUGUGGUCAGCUGUUGCUGAAAUAGAAGCUGUAACUCGAGCUGUUGAGCAUAAUGAGACGGUUACUAUUGAUAAUGUUUUAUUGGAUUGGAAGCAACAAGCAUCUAAUUAUGUAGCUGACCUGAUUCUUCCUUCAACAUUUUUAAAGCAGCGUGGUAUCAAGAUCACCUCAUCUGUUCAAGAAUUAAUGCUUUUCUCCCCCAAAAACUCCACUUAUUGUAGUGCUUAUUUUUCUGACUUUAUGUGUGUGCGGUACAGCAAUAUUGACUUCCCGGAUAAAUCUGGUCUAUGUGAUGAGCUCUCCCGGAUUGUUAAUAACCGUUGUUCAGUCACGUGGGUGGGUCACUGCAAAGUGGUGGGUGUCAUCAGUAUCAAUGAAAAGAUAGUGUUUAAGCUCCAGUUGGUGCAGAGUGAUGUCCCUUUACCGCUACAGCUGCUGCAUAGGAGGUCAUGUAGUGUGGAGAUAAUACACAGGACUAAUCAAGAUAGACUAAUUCUUUACGCAUUGAAGAACCUGGAUAAUUGUUCGCAGUUAGCAAAAGAUAUCAUAUUGCGACAGGCUCCAAGUGCUCCAGUUGAAACAUCCGAUGUGACUCUGCUACUGCAGUCAUGUAAGCAGGUAUUCCCUGGUACCAAUGGGCAGCAAGAUGAGGCCAUGAAGCAUGCCCUGUCUCAGCCUCUGACCAUGAUUCAGGGCUGUGUAGGGUCCGGCAAGUCUUUACUGGCCGCCAUUCUGGGACUGGCAUACUGUAAGAGGAACCAGACAUGCAGACAGCAGGCCCAAGUACUUGUGUGUGCACCCACUGAGGCGUCUGUUGAUGUUAUUUAUGACUUUUUCCAGUCUCUAGGAGGAAGUAAUGCCAAUAUUGUACGAGUGUAUGGUAAUGCUGUAGAGCAGGUGUUACAUCCUGGCCCCAAACUUUCCCGGAGACCGUGUCCAUCUUGGGAUAAGGAGAAUAUUCUCAAGAUGAGCGGUCGCUAUGCACAACGCUCCUUGUAUUCACUCGUGAGACAGGACGGCACACGCUAUGGAAGUAAAAUCAAUGAGUACGAGAGCCUGUUUAGUCUGUACCCCGAGGACAUAUCAGUGGAGGAUAAUGACUCAUACAUGCAGAUCGUUGGUCGAGCGGAGGCUGCCGUGCUCUCAGAGGCGGACAUCAUACUGUGCACGUGUAUCACCAGCGGGCAGCCAGAACUGGCAGCAUGUAUUAAUAUUCAUCAGAUAAUAAUUGAUGAUGCCAAUGCUGGUUCCGAGCUGGAGAUACUAGUUCCACUGUCAGUAUAUAAGGAUACUGAGAAUGUGGCACUGCUAGGGGACAUAAAUCAGAUGGGACCCAGUGUGGGCAGUAAAAUAGCCCAGGAGCUUGGCCUUGGGGUCUCCAUAAUGCAGUCUUACAUGAGCACGGCUGUGUAUCUGAAUGUGCAUUACAGAGUGCAUGAAGGUAUAAUGGACUUCCCAGUUAAAUAUGGCUAUACACGAGCAACAUGUGGGAUAAUCAGCCAGAGACAGCCGUCUGUCCUUAAUUGGACUGGAGGUCGAAACAAGCCCUCGGCUUUCUGUAAACUGGAUGGACUUGAAGCGAGUAUUCCAUUGAAAUAUUCCUGUCCGUUAGGAGAGACAAUUGUGAAUAUGGAGCAAGCCAAUUUUGCGGUGAGAGUAGCGAUGGCUUUAGUAAGCAGUUAUAAUGUUAACGGCAGCAAUAUCUGCAUCAUCUCCUUUACCCAGGCCCAGUGUAGGAACAUUGAGAGACUUCUGUCUGUGUCUGCCACAAAAUCUAAGAUACAGUGUAUGGGCAUAAAGGAGGUCCAAGGUUUAGAGUUUGACUAUGUGAUCCUGAGUACUGUGCGCAGUAUACCAGCCAUAAGGGUGGAGCGUUAUUGCACCAGAAAAUGGUUGCAGGAGAAUCUUGGGCUGCUUACAAAUCAGGGACUUGUUAUGUCGGCUCUUACCCGCGCUAGAAAAGGACUGGUUAUAGUUGGUAACGAAAACUUGCUGUGCUGUUCCCCCAUGUGGAGGCAACUUGUCGGAGAAUAUCAACAGAGUAACCGACUGGUGGCUGCAGAAGUUUUCCUUCAGACAAUGUCACUAUAGGACUGGCUUUACCCGGUCCAUUUCACUUACGUUUAUAAGCUUUCUUGACUUGUGGACUAUUGUGACUAUAAAUUUGUGUUGCUGUGUGUUGCACAAAUUACCAGUUAAUUGUAUGGUUUAGUUAUGUGAUAUGAUAUGAGUACAUGUAUAAAUACAGGUAUAUAAACUUGAAAUUUGUGGUUAUAUAUAAACGUGUGUAGUAUUUGGGGUAUGUUGUAUUGAUGCUGCAAUUUUGUAUUGAGGGCCUAGGCUGAUUUGUUCGUAUAAAGAAAUUGUUUCAAAAUAAAUACUUGGUGUGAUCAGUGUGUUACAAACAUGUUACCUAACAGAUAAUGUAUUGACAACAAAUCAAAUUUGUGAACAGAUUUUUUUCAUGGGAUUUAUGCUAAUAUUUACAGUAGUUAAACAACUUAUUCUUACAUGAAUGCUUCGAUUCAGUAUACACUAUCUUUAAUAAUGACCUUUCAUCCUUUCAUAAUCAAAAUUAUAUUCUUAUAUUUGAGUAUGAUUUACACAUAGUUAAUAACCUAUAAAAGUGAUCUAUGCAUGCACCUAACAUUAAAAGACAUAUUUAUUUCCUUGUAUGUUCAUAAAUUUUGAAGUAUUUUAGUGUUUGCUUAGAAGUGUUUAACAUUCCACAUGAAUAUUGUCUUUAGUUUGUUCUUUAUGUUUGUUAUUAUGCUAUGACACAGUUAGAUUAAAUUUGUUUGAUAAAGAGCCAUGCACUGUGAAAAAGGGGUUUAAUGCAUGUGCGUCAAGUGGUGUCCCAGAUAAGCCUGUGCACAGGCUAAUCAGGGAUAAAACUUCCCACUUUUAUGAUUUUUUUUGUUUUAAAGAAAGUCUCUAAGCAAAAAUCCAGUUGCGACUCAUAUGUUUAAAGCUGUUGACAAUGUGUUGUCUUUGGUAGGCUGAGUGCCCCACAGAUGGAUGCAUAACGCCAGUGUAUGCUGAUCCUGUAUAAUAGAUGUUUUAUAAGAAGUGUAUGGUUUGUAAGCCUUUCUCAUGGAAAGCUGUGUUUAAAGUAUGGGCGUAUGUUCAUAAAAUAUUAUCCCAGAUUAGCCUGUGCAAAUCAAGGUAUGACACUUUCCACCUAGAGUUGAUUUUCAUUUAGAAGAGACUUCCUUUAAACAUAACAUUGGAAAUUAUGUUCUCUGUUUAGGUAUGCGGAAUGCUCGCUGAUCUGGGACGAUAUGUUACGCAUAUGCAUUAUUGAGUCUGGUUUUCCCAGAGACAGGCUAUAUUGUUUACAAUGGUUUGGUGUUGUGGUUUUAUUUGCCAAAAUGCCCCUUCAAUAUAAGUACUUUUGAUUUGUGAUAGUCUUGGAUGUUGCAACACUAUCAUUUAUGUAAAAUAGUUUUUACAUGUUUAUUGUUAGUUAAUUGUGACCCAUCUUUAAUACUAAUAACCUUUUGUAUGCGUGAUCUAUGAAGUAACUGUUGUGCUCUUAAUUGAUUUGCAUCUUAAAUUCCUCUUAAUGAAUUUUUUACAUUCUUUUCAGAAUACAGUUCUUAUAAUUUAAUAUUGCUUUUUUGUAUAGAUGGUUAAUUACAGAUUUAUGUAUUUGAUAAUAUAACUAUUUCCUAUUGGAUUAAUUGUCAGUGUUUUUUUUAUUUGCACUUCUUGAUGUAUUAUUAUGUAUGAUGACAUCAAGUACUUACUUUUGCAACAUAAUCUGUAUCCAAAUUUACUAUUAAGAUUAAUCAUUAUUUAAUCAACAUUAUUUAAAUAAUGGUAUUUAUGGGUUUUUUUUUCUUUCCAUUAGCAAUAAUAAUUUAUUUCAGGUGUAUAUUUAGAUCUUUGAUUCGAUUUUGUGACAUUUGCAUUCUGUUGAGUGUUGUAUAUGUUGUUCAAAUAUGCAUUAAAAUAAAGGAAUUAGAAUAAUUUACCUUUAAAAUACAUGGAUCUUAUAAGUAUUAGUGCAUCAACUAUUAAGUUCAUCUUACCCCUUGUGUCUAUAGAUCUGUUUUAAUGUGUUACCAUUUAUCACCAUUUGAUAAAAUACGACUUUUUGCACUCUACUAUCCCUGAAUGUUCCUAUACACUUCUUUUUUGUGGAAUAGUAAUUUUCCACCUCGAUCCCUUUCCCCAUUUAUUUUAAUCUCUUAAAUAUCUAACAUUUUAUAAAAAAAUCAUUUGUAUUUAUAAACUGAUUUCACGUUUAAACAGAAUCUAUGAGCACAAAUAAAAUAAUAAACAUUUAAUUGGUGUCUUAAGUGUAGUAUAUUCAAAAUAAAGCUUAUAUUGUA